ACGGGAACGGACCUUGAAGGGCACGCCUGCCAUCAUGCGUGGUGAGUAUCAGGCCUAUUCCGCUCUCUAGCUCGUUCCCGUCGUUGCUCACACUGCCUUUCUCGCCAGACCCCGUCCAUCCGUGCGUCGAGAAGAAAUAUGCCGGUGGCUCGCCGCCGCGCGGAUGCGUGCCAUGCUGACGCCGAUGCUCUCCCUUGUUCGACGCGUCCUGUGCCAUGCAGAGAUGACCCUUCGCUCGACGCAAAGAGCGAGCAGAUGACCAUUGCGGGCGGAAGCAACACUCACGGGAAAGUAAAUCAGCACCCAGCAUCCUCAACAGACGGGCUCUCCCCCCACGUAGACGGCAUACCUGUCGCAUCGUCCUGCGGCAGCGCAGCCGAUGGGGACAGCGUACCCUCUACCCCGCCAUUACCAAUGUCGAGAUCAAUCUCUGCCGUUGCCGGCGGCGAAGAUGCGCCGGCGGCCCCGCCACGCAGGAUCCCGUUCCGUGUAGGUGUCGCGGAGGACCGGAACAAACGGUGGAGGCGGACAAUGGAGGACUCGCACGCGUUCGUGUACAACUUUGGCGGCGUACAGGGCCAGGGCUUUUUUUCCGUCUUUGACGGGCACGCCGGCAAGCACUCAGCAGAGUGGUGCGGGAAGCAUUUUCACGAGUACUUUCUGCAAUGCCUCGCGUCCAGCGGCGGGACACCCGUGCCAGACGUGCUUAACGAGACGUUCCACCAAGUCGACACGGCGCUGUCCAAGGUCGCGCAGGAGCAGGGCACCAGUUCGGGCUGUACGGCCGUCACUGUUUUCCUCCGUCUCGAGGACGACGAUGGCGUGCCUGUCACUGGAGCCAAGUCCGGCGGCGUCGUGCCAGAUGGCGCAGGCCAGGGCGCCGUCAUCGGCGGCGCUUCUGCCGUUGCUACGGUUGGUACGAACGCGAACGUGGGCGGGAUUGCAGAGCGUAGCGGCGGCGGGGGCCGGGGCGGUGACAGCAGCAGCAGCAGUGGCCGUGCUGGCGCAGUGGAUGUCGAGGCGAAGGAAGGCACUUCAAAAAGCAGCAGCACAAGCAGCAACCGUAGCAGCAGCAGUGGCGGUCUGUUCGGCGCCUUCUCCAAGCGCGCGCGGCAGGCAUCGAAAGAAAACCGGGAGGGGAACAGCAACGGCACAAGUGGGGAGGCGCCAAAGAAGAGGCCCGCACUCGUGUCUAACGCUUCCGGCUUGGUCACCGUCACGGGGACCGAUGUCAGGCGCGUGCUGUACACAGCCAAUGUCGGCGAUGCCAGGGCGGUCCUAUGCCGUGGCGGCAAAGCGAUCCGGCUGACGUACGACCACAAGGGCUCCGACGCGCAGGAGGCCAAGCGCAUCACCGACGCCGGCGGCUUUGUCAUGAACAACCGCGUCAACGGCGUGCUCGCCGUCACGCGCUCGCUCGGCGACUCGUCUAUGAAGGAGUUUGUCGUCGGCGCUCCGUAUACGACCGAGACGAGGCUGACAGAGGAGGACUCGCUGCUGAUUGUCGCUUGCGAUGGUCUAUGGGACGUUGUCGACGACCAAGACGCUGUCGAGCUGGUCAAGGACGUGCAGGACGCGCAGGAAGCGGCGGACCUCCUACUCAAGCAUGCACUGCAGAACUUUAGCACCGACAAUACGUCCGUCAUGGUCGUCCGCUUUGCCGUUCCCGCCAGUGCUGUCACAGAUCCCCGAACGGACUGAACGAAAGAGCGAACGAAUGCAACACAACUUCCUCACCUUUUCCUCCAAGCCUUUCUAGUGCACGUGCUUGCAUGCUUUUCAAUACACCGCUAAACAAUAACAAAUUACGCAUCGCUCUCCAUACAGUAUUCGAGCCAAUAAUCCAUCAACCAACCUGACGAAGCCGAGACGAGGGGCGUG